AGGAAGAAGAGGCGGAAGUGAAGGAGUUAGGAAGUGGAAGCGCUGGAAAGUGGACAGUACAGCUGGUAUCUGCUAUCCAUAACAAGCUUUACUACCGUUUCGAAAAUGUCUAAAAAUACAGACUCCGCUCGGUUUAGGAAAGUAGACGUUGAUGAAUACGAUGAGAAUAAGUUUGUGGACGAGGAGGACGGAGGAGAGAACCAGGGCGGUCCGGACGAAGCAGAAGUGGACGCUUUGCUCAGACAGGGGAACAUGAAUGCAGCUCUCGAGGCUGUGCUGAAGAAUCCUCCAAUCAACACAAAGAACCAGAUGGCCAAGGAGCGAGCAGAGCUGCUCGUGGUCAAAGUGCUGAGCAGUUUUAAGAGCAGUGACAUAGAGAAGGCUGUGGGCUUACUGGACAAAGCUGGAGUGGACCUGCUGAUGAAAUACAUCUACCGAGGCUUUGAGACGCCCUCUGACAACAGCAGCACUGUGCUGCUGCAGUGGCAUGAAAAGGCUCUGGCAGUGGGAGGAGUGGGCUCUAUAGUUAGAGUCCUUACUGCCAGGAAGACUGUCUGAUCCUCUCAGAACCCACAGAGUCCAUCUGUAGACCCCACAUGGACGGUAAUCUGGCUAAAAGCAAGCUCACCAGAGCUGAGUAACACUCUAUGUUUUUGGACAUGAUUUUUAUACUAAAGCUGAGUGCCCUCCUGAUGCCAUUCUUCCUUUACUUUUUUCAGUCCCACCUCUGGAAUGUAGUAGUGCUGGCAGUCAGGCAGGGAGGUGCUGGCACCUCAAACUGUCUGUGUGUGCCAGCCAUGAGAGCGGACACAUUUCAGAUGCUUCACUCAGACACUUUCUCUCUAAAGCAGCGCCACACUCCUUUCAGACUGCCUCAGUGCUGCUCUGAUGCCUCUGCUGGCUCACUGUAACAUCACUCCCCCUCCUCUACUUUACUUCUAUCCUCAUCAUCCAGGAUGAGGACAUAGAAAAGAUUUUUCUUGGAUGGACUGUCAUUGAUUGGUGACCUGUCCAGGGUGUUUCCCUGCCUUUUGCCCAGUGCAUGCUGGGAUCGGUGUUCAUUUUUUCCCUCAUCAUUCUAACUCUGUUUGUUUGUUUGUUGACUAUUUUUUUCUACUUACACCACACUGUUGUGUGUAGCCUGGCUUUCAGGUUCUACUGCUUUUGUUGUUUUUUAUAUCUGAAAUAAGCAAAAAUAAAGUAAUAAACCUGAAUAUGGGCUGAUUACA